AUGUUGUUAUCAUUCAAUCCCGAAAUCACCGCUGCUGUAAUCCAAUACAUCCAAAGACAAGAAGUGACAGCUGAAGAGAGAGAGUUGAAUGCCGUGAUGCUCUUGGUGUUUUAUAACGAGAAUGAUAAACUUGCAGAGAUCUUGAAAUUUUGUGUAGAGCGGGAUGUUAUACUGAAACUUGACAACGCUGUGUUCUCGCCAUACAUGUCAGUCUACAAAUUUCUGAUUGGGUUCACACAGAAGAAUUACUACGCACAGUUCUCAUCGUUCUACAUGAAGAAAGCGUCAAAGAUCAAAGACGUUGGUUUAGACACCACACAGACAUCGAAGAGUGAGAAGAAGAUGAAAGCUUAUAAGUCGAUAAUAGAGGAUGUCGUCUCUAUCUUGACGAAUGGAGUUAUAGUCCCCGUAUAUGUGAAAUACUGUUGGAAUGUCCUCUAUCAAACUAUGAUGAAAAUAGAGCGACACACUAUGAUGAAAUAUAUGAUGGUCUAUGUCUUCGCACUCCCUUUCAACGACUUUAUUGAGACCGCUAUGAAAAAUGCAGCUCAGACUCAAUUGGUCGUGUUAUUAAACGUUUCUAAAUUCUUUCAUGAAGUCACCUCUCCCUCUAAAGAUACAGCAAACGAAUAUUGGAAAUCCUGGAUAGCUUCAAAUUGUAAUGAUCUUACUGAAAUCCUACGAAAUUACAUAUUAAAGAAUUCCACAUUCAAUGGAAUUGAGGAGGAACUAAGCAUCGAACUGCCAACAGACUUAGCUGUACCAUUAAACAAAUUUUUAGUCGACGAGUGUUCGAGUGUAAUGAAGUACAUGAGUGAUGAUGUGUCUGAGUUGUUUUUGAAUCAAAAGCGGCAAUCCGAGGACAUUCGUACACGAUCUAUUAGUUUAUUGAACCAAAUCAAACAGUUAUAUAUUAACUCCUUAAUUGAAAAACAGAACUUCUUGGCAAACAUGUCUGUGAUGACUCAAAAAAUUAAGUUUCUUAAUGAGGAGAGAAGAUAUUUAAGGCAACUUCUCUUCCCUGAUGAUGAAGAACCUUAUGUCCCUGAUUCUAUCGACCAAUUACACGAAAACUAA